AAAAUUUAUAUGAAAUGAUAAUGAUAAAUAGAUAAUAACAAUAUUUUUUAUUAUUUAUUUUUUGUAUACACAAUUUAAAGUUAUUAGUUAUUUAAUGUUUCCUAUAAGAUUGUUCCAUUAUACUUCUACCAAAUAUCUUCGAAAUGGUUAAUCAUUAUAUACCCACAUGGUUGCUCACCAUUGGAGCUGGAACAUUUCUCUUAGAAUUAUCAAAUGAGGCAUUUAUCGUCAUUGAUAAGAAAAAAUUAUUUCUCGCAUCAAUUAUAUCUAAUAAUUUAAAUCUUAUCCAUAUCAAUGGACUUUUUGUUAUUGGUGAAUUAAUAAAAGUGACGAAACCAGAUGAAUAUGUAGAAGUACAGCAGAUUACGUUUGAAGUAUCUCUAUUGCAGUCUCUUGAAGGAACAACUGGUUCAAAUUUUUGAAUUCGUAAAAGAUAUAAGCUAUAAUUAAUUACACAUUUGUAAAAUUAAAAUUAAUAUGUAUAAUAAUUUAAUUUUUCUUCAUUUAUAAAAAGCCGCCAUGUUAUGUGUAGGAAUGAGCUUGCGCCAUCACUUUUAUCUACGGAUCUUUGUCAUUUCAAUUCUGAUCAUAAUGUUGGAUGAAAUGAUUAGUAUGGAUGAAUUAAAACGAGAUUGAAAGGAAGUUGUAAAAGAAUUUAAUUGAAACAAGAACUAGUUUAGAAAUUUAUAGAAUAUGGUUCAUGUAAUCGUAAAUAUAUAGUAUGUUUGAUACUAAAUAAUUAUAACGAGUAACGAGUUAGUUCGAAUGUAUUAUAACAAGUUAGUUCGGAAAAAUGGUCAAUAAUAGUUUAAUUACUUUGUAUUAAUUAUUAUAA